ACCCUUUUCGCGAAGCAGUUUGUUCUAGAGGAACGAGAUGGCGCUAUCGGAGGCGCGCCAUUGCUUGCCUCAGGCGCAAUUCUGCUCGAAUCCGAAACCACAUCCGCUGCUACCUUGCUACCGUGCGAUCAGCAGUCGGACCGCUAACGCACUGUGCUCCGUUCAAGCUGCGAAAUGUGGAAUGGUAGAGGCAAGACGUGUGCAGUAGUUGGCUGCAAGAACAGCGACUGGGACAUAAAAAUAUGGAAUGAAUCUGUGUGCGAAGUUCACGGACCGCUACUGCACAAGGACUGUCCGUGUUGCCGACCAUUCGCGAUGCACGGCUUCCCACAAGGAUUAAAAAAUGCCGUCGUCCGCCAGCGUUGGAUCGCAAAUCUUCAACGAAAAAACUUCGACCCCGGAACGUGGGCAAGAGUGAGUACCGCUCGUUACAGUGACCAAAGGUAUAGCGGCGCCGCUACCGGCAUAGUAAGAUUCACGCCGCGUAUGACCGGAACCGCGACUUCAGCCUAAUUUGCACAGUUUAUUUUGUAAUGUCGCUUACUGUCACAGCUGAGAAUAAGCAUUAAUAUGUCUUCGUUCACGACACAACACGUCCGCUCGAAAUGGUUGCCGUUUGCAGUCAUCGGCACCUUCAUUUCGCCUAUCAACAAAUAGAAAUUCGCCUGGCAAAAUCCGUGAACGUCGUUGCUUUUUCUGUAGCUCUGCUUCUGUAAAAAAAUGUCUGUUAAGUACUGCGCCGCCAACGAACGACACGCAAGUUUUAGUGCUCAGCCUUCACGGUAUAUUGAGUAAUUAUGACGCGUAAGCGUCUCGAUCAAGACACGGUGCGAGUCACUUUCCGAGUACCAUAUCCAACACUUACCACGGUUGUGAAGCAGCCCAAUACUACUGAUCGAGUACACCACUAAAUGAGUCCACACGCUCAAAUUAUUCAACACAUCAAAUAAUCUGACAGCUGCUCUCCCUUAUUGAUAACAGACAAGACUGCUUUCUUGCUUCGCCGUUGCUAUUCGAUAACAAAGUAGGAUUAAGAAAACCACUAAGUAAACAACAAUUCCAAUUUAUUUAACAAAUAGCCUAAAAGCUUGUGAGUGCCAAUAAAACACUGCAGGUUUAUUCAAGUCUGUAUGUACUUCCUUUCACAGGUGUGUUCGGUCCAUUUUGUUGAUGGAUGUCCCACAAAAAAUAACCCAUACCCAACACUGCACCUUGGAACACCGGUAAUGUGCAAUUCUUCAUUCAUGCUCUCUCGCCAUAACUCCUGCUGUAUUGAAUAUAUAUGUUUUCUUUUUCUGUAUUUAAAAUUUAGACUAUCCAUCACAAAGGAAGAAGGCAGUUAAAGCGCCCUGCAACCUGCAUGCAAGAAGCUGAGACAACGGUCACCAUAUGCCCAGCGACAGCUGACACCAGCACUGAACAGCAGACAGCAAUGGACGAGCAAGAUGAAGGCGACAGUGAACCCUGCUACAGUUACAGUUACAUACCAAAUAGGCUGACAGAGGCAGAGGAAACACCAAGGAGCUGCUCGGCCUGCGGCUGCAAAUGCCAGUUUCUGGUGACAUCGGACAAGGAAGUUCAAGCCACAGCACAAUUAUCUGAACACACAUACAGCAAACAUCCAGAACAGUCUUCUGUGACAGCGAACAGGGCUUGUCAAACAGCAUUUACUGUCUACUCGACUCUCACUUCAAGCUCCUUCAGGUUUUUUACAGGGCUUUCAAAGGAUGUGUUUGAUGAAUUGGUGAGGUCUCUUGAAGCAACUGCUGAGCAGAACUCAUUUGUUUUACCCUUCCAAGAUCAGGUGCUGCUGACACUUAUGAGGCUGCGCUUAGGGCUGCUACUUAAUGACCUCAGUUUCCGCUUCGGUAUUUCCACAGCUCUAGUGAGCAGGAUUUUCUGCACUAUAGUGUCAGCUCUUGCUCACUUUUCUAGAAAAUAUCUGGUGUUCUGGCUGGCAAGAGAAACAAUUAGAAGAACAAUGCCUAGCAUUUUUGAGGACUAUCCGCUAGCAACAUGCAUCAUCGAUUGCUUUGAGAUUUUUGCUGAGAAACCGGGCAACUUGCUACGGAGAAAUCAGACCUACAGUCAUUAUAAAUCCCACAACACUGCCAAAGUACUGCACGUCAUUGCACCCAAUGGGUUUGUGAUGUUCAUUUCCAAGCCAUAUGGUGGACGUGCAAGCGAUCGGUUCAUCACAUUGGACAGUGGCUUUACAAGGUUUCUGACACCAGGUGAUGAGAUCCUGGCUGACAGGGGUUUCACAAUAGGCGACUGUUUACCAAUGGGAGUAAAUCUAAGGUUACCAAGCUUUUCAAAAGGCAGACAACAAAUAAGUGGCCCUGAGCUAGUAAAGUCAAGGCGCCUAGCAAGGCUCCGCAUUCAUGUUGAGCGGUCUAUAAGACGACUUAAAUGCUUCAGGAUACUGAAGCAUUUUCCCGCAAGCAUCUUUGCAAAAAAACCACUUGCUAAUGAUGUACUGACUGCUGUAGCCGGGCUGUGCAAUCUUCAGCCACCUUUAAUUAAGGACAGAGUGAUUUCUGCACCUUCAAACUAAAUAAAAUAAAUCCUCAUUUUCAGACAGGACAUCAAAGAAUAAUAAGCAGGCAGGCCCUGCCAUCAUAAAAAUGAGUAGAACAGCACAAGUCACAGGCAUGUUGGAAUACAAUUACUGCUAAGUCCUGAAACACCUUUCUCAGUUCGUGCACAAUAGUUCUUUUACGACAAAACUCUGUUAACACUUUCAGAUGCAAUGUACGCAAAGAUAGUGCAUCAACAGCAAAAUCACUGACAAAAGUAAUAUUUAAAAUGGGUUGCAUAUAUCUCGAGACACUUGCGAUUGGAAUUGUGCUGCAAUUUAACAUGUGCAAAAUGUUUUAGUAAAAUGAGUGGGAAGGUAGAUGGUUAGGUGUUUUUGCUUGGUGUCAGUAUGUAGUUGUAUGUAGUGGGUUGACUUCUUUCAAUGUGUUUCACAAUGUCAUGCACCAGGCAUAAUUUUCAAGCGGCUGAACGAGUGCUUUUCAAUACACGAAAUAGUUGAUGUACGCACAUAUGGUGUUCCUGUAGCGACUUUUCGCAUGGAGUCCACAUUCUGUAAUCUUGACAAAACUCACUACAGAACUGAACAUUCUUAAUCUUUUCUGCAGCUGUACACUUUCUAUGAUUCUGAGGAGGCAAGAAAUGUGGCGAAAGAAAGUUUUCAAUCAAUAGGUUAAAGUGGCAUCUGAAAGGGUUAAGAUUAAUUAUCUGAUCAGCUGAAAGUUCCAUGCAGCUAUAUUUGUUUCUAAUCAAUUACCUUGUGAUAAUAGGAAUCUGU